GCCUGAGCUAGAUGGACCUUUGGUCUGACCCAUUAUGGCCAUCCUUAUAUUCUUAUGUUGCCUGAUAAGAUGAAAUUUCAUUUUUCAGCUUUAACCUAGAAAGUUUUAUCAUAUUAAAGCUUUAUUCUAUAUUCUUUAUUUUCUCUUUCCUGUUAUCAGUGAUUAACUGUAUGAUUUGAAAGAAUAGAUAUCUUCUUUUUAUCUUUCCAGACCUUCAUCCUGUAUUUAUUUUUCCACACUUUGAAACCUAUAUGGAACUAUAGUGAAACACUUUAAAAAAUACUAUGAUUGCUCAAUUUGUAAAGGGUGAGGGAUAGCCUGUUGUCUACCUUCCAUAAUCAAGCCUGUUAACUGCUUUCUUAAAAGGAAGCACAUACUGCUGUUUCUGCAAAUGACAGUGUUCAAGAAAUGUUAAUUACAGGGAUUGUAAGGGAGAAGAUGCUAGUUAAGUAGGGAAUCUUUUUGGUAUUUCUGGCUAAUUUUUUCAAACUAAUAUAUUCACUGCUGCCAGAACUUUGGCUUGUUGAAUGACUGGUGACACUUUCCCCUUUGAACGCCCUAUUUACUUUUUCAACACGAAUAGGUAGUAGUGGCAGAUCUUUAUGGACCCACACGUAUGCAUGAUACUGUAGCUUUAAUAAGGGAGUCCUACUGUAAGGACUCUUUCCAAACUGGCUUUUUGGCUUUUUAAGUGACGGAACCGUGGUGUAAUUUGAGAGCAGAAAGAUCCUAGGGAUAGCAUUAGCCGAAAGCAAAGCUCCACAUUACCAGUCCAGAUGUGAAAGAAAUAGUAGCAAAGGUCUCCGGAGCCCCAGACUGAGCUAUCUGAUCUCAGCCUUCCUCUGCACCCCCUCGGCUUUGCUACAUUUCAUCGGCAAGAGAGAGGAGGGGGAAGGGGGAAAAAAGAAGAAAGUCACAAAGUUUUGCUUGAGCCCUGGAAAAGGGGCGGCGGGGGGGGAUCCCCGACGUGACUCAGGGCAGUAGGAGAUCUUCCAGGGGAUCUCCUCUGGCUGAGGAGCCUUGGAUGCAGCUUGGAGCAAGGCAGUGCCUUUAAUGAAGCAUGCUGAGUCUGUGAGGAGUGGCUGGAGGCAGCGGACUGCCUCGGCUGCUGCGGCUCCCUGAGCUGCCCUGCUCCGGGGGGUAACCGGGCAGGGUCGUGAGAGCGUGUUUGUUCUCUCCGACCAGCCGAUCCCUCUGCGCCCCUUCCGAGCCCCUCUGGCUCACUCCCGCCCCCGGGAUGCUGGGGCUGCGCUUGCUGUGGCUCAGCUGCCUGGGCAGCCUGUGCCGAGGCUAUUUCGACGGUCCCCUGCACCCAGAGAUGUCCAACGGGACCCUGCACCACUACUUCGUGCCGGACGGCGACUACGAGGAGAACGACGACCCGGAGAAGUGCCAGCUGCUCUUCAGGGUGAGCGAGCACCGGCGCUGCAGCCUGGGCGGGGAGCAGGGGCCGGCGGGCGGCGGACCCAGCCUCACCCUGCGGGAGGAGUUCACCAUCCUGGGCCGGCAGGUGGAGGACGCGGGCCGGGUGCUGGAGGGCAUCACCAGGAGCAUCUCGUACGACCUGGACGGGGAGGAGAGCUACGGCAAGUACCUGCGCAGGGAGUCCCAGCAGAUCGGCGACGCCUACUCCAACUCCGACAAGUCCCUGGCCGAGCUGGAGAGCAAGUUCCGGCAGGGGCAGGAGCACGAGAGCAAGGAGGAGAGCCGGCUCAAUGAUGACUUCCAGGCCAUGCUCGUGCACACCCGGGCCCUGCUCACGGAGACCCUGGGCAUCUCCGCGGGGCUCCGGGAUAAGUACGAGCUGCUCUCCUUAACCGUCAGGAGCCACGACGCCAGGCUAAACAGGCUCAGGAACGAGUAUCUCAAAGGGUGAUGCCCCUGGGGCAGCAGAGACCUGGACUUUGGGUUAGGAAACAGCUUCUUGUGGUGGCUACUAGGAGCAGUAAGCACAGGAGUCCCAGCUGGGGGCAUCUCCUUGGAAGGGAAGUGGCAUUGACAAAGCCAAGCCUAGAGUCACCUCGGUGCCCAUCAUGAUGAGGGGGGCUCCUUUUCACCAUGCUCUUUGCAUUCAACCGUAUACACCUCUCCCUGCCACAAAUUAUAGGACCCAGGUACAAGGCAGUGGAGAAUCUGGCAGGUUGCUGAGCAUUUGCUGGCAGGACUUGUCCCAGUGAAGUCUUGCAGGUAACUACUCAACACCAACAAGAAGGUUGCAGUCUAGCCCUGGAUGGUGCCCAACAUUCCGAUCAGCACAAAAUGGGGGAUUUCCCCCUCACCCCCAUAACAUCUUGUUUAGAUUAAUAUAGAAAAAAAUUAAAAGCAAAUAUCAGUUAAUGGGGAGAUUUAGCACAUUGCUGUGACAGUGUUAUAAAAAGGUAGAUAUCUUAUCUCUACUUGCCUUGCACUUCUGUCCUCACUCUACACCUAUGCAAAGUAAGUAUAAAAUGCUGCCACAGAGUCUGCUGCCUUUACUGAUGGUGAGUAGCAGCACCUUGUUCCAGAAGAAGCUCUGUUGAUUUCAAAAUAAUAAGCUUACUAACAGAGUAAGGUGCUACUCAAUAGAAGGAAAGGUGCUGUAACCUGCCCUUUGCUAGCAUUUUACAAGGACUUUGCAUAGGUAUAAAACGGCUGCACAAGGUACCAACAGCAGAGGAUCAGGCCUUGUUUUUUCAAAGUAGGUCCAAAUUGCAGUUUAAUAACACGUGGAGUGUGUUCUGAAGUUCUGUAGAUUGUAUUAUGUACCUCCCAAUAACACACAACUUUCUUUCUGGGACUGUAUUUAUAAGAUUUGAUUUCUGGUUUAUUUUUUUUUAAAGUUAUGUAAAUUGUAAACAAAUAGCACAUGUAUAGGAAGCUGAAGUUUAGAGGUAUGUUUAAAUUAAAUGUCCCAAUAUUUAAAAAAAAUAAUCUGUUAUAUAUUGUGCAUCUCUGAUCACAAUAAAGUAGCGUUGUCAUUUUAGAUUUUCUACCAUUAGUUAAUGUCAUCUUUUCCAGCUAGAUUCUUGCUUCAACUACCAUAAACAUGGACAAAACAAGGUACUUUUCUGGAACCAUAUUCAAAUGAAUAUGUACUGGACUAUGGAUCUAGAAUCGGUUUUGGUUUUUGUUUUGAUAUUUUUUUUUACUCAUUCAAAUAUAGGCCCUUUGGCCUCCUAAUAAAUCCUUAGCUUUCCUGGUUUGUUAACAGCACAUAUAUUCUGCUUAUGUAAAAUAUUGUUCUGCUAAAUAAUUUAAAGCUGUGAUUUUCAUUUGUGUUUUGAUAGAAGAAAACCAUUCUGGCAGAGCUUAUGCUCUUUAAGCCUUGCUUAUAUGUGACUCUAAGUUAUCAAAUCCCAAGAGCCAGCUGAAAAGGCAUUUGAGAUUCAGACCCAACAAAACCUUACGCACGUGAGUAACUUUAAAUAAGAAAUGGAAAGCAGAAAUAAGCACUAUUCCCACUAGUGUUUGUAGUAUCAGACCCUAGACUUUUAGAGUCUUAUUUUUCUAAACCCGAUAAAAGGUUUUGUCUGUUCCAAGACAGUGAUUUUUAUUUGUGGUUACCUCUGUACUUUUGCUAGCUAAUCUGUUAUUAAAAAGUAUUUGUGCUCCUAGACAAUAGCAAAAGUGCAUAGCAGGUCUUUGCAUUAUAGUUUAAUCUUUACUACUAUCAAUGUUUAAUCAAUUGGGUGGAAUAUUAGCUACUGCAUUACUGGUACUGCCGGCAGGAUCACUGUUUGGGUGAAAAUAAUUGUUCAUGUGUUGUUUUAAUAAAUAUUUGAACCCAAAAUUGAAGCACACAUUUUCUUUUAUGGGUCUAUAUGAGUCUGUACCUGAUUUUAAUCACAAGGUUGUCAAACAUAUCUUUUCAGCAAAACUGCUGGAAUAUAAAGUACCUGCCUAGUGAGAACUUGCUUUUUACUAAAAAAUAUAAAAUUCUUCAGCACACAACUGCUUAAUGCAAGUAAUGCUAAAAAGAAAAAUCAACAUAUAGAACUUGCAACUUUAUGGAGUUGCAACAAAAGUUGUUUUGUAAACAUGUAGGGACAAAUUCUGCCAACCAUACUCAUAUUUAGCAGUACCUUACUCUAUAACUAGUGUCAUUUGGUAAAUUUUUCAGAAGUGCUCAGUCAGGGACAGAUUUUCAA